UCCUCUGUGGGAUUUGAGGGCUUGAGGGUUGGCCCCGACCCCAGCCCCGGGUGGAGGCGAUGGGGAGGAUGGUUGCUCUAAGCCAAUCAUGAUGGUCCUGUGUCUUUUGCCAGAGACUGGUUCUGGCACACUUAUGUGAUGCUUUGGUGGCAAAUGAGACAGAAGUGUCAUUCUGCUGGGGAGCUUUGGGCAAAAUUUCACCACUCUCAAACUGAGGAGCAUCCGGUAGUGUGCAGCAAGCUGUCUUGACGCUCUUUUAGAGGUAUUAGAGGAAGGGGCAAAUGCAGGGCUGCACGCAUGUCCAUCUAGUCAAAGCUGUGGUUUUUCCAGUGGUCGUGUAUGGAUGUGAGAGUUGGACCAUAAAGAAAGCUGAGCACCGAAGAACUGAUGCUUUUAAACUGUGGUGUUGGAGAAGACUCUUGAGAGUUCCCUGGACUGCCAGAAGAUCAAACCAGUCCAUCCUAAAGGAGAUCAGUCCUGAAUAUUCACUGGAAGGACUGAUGCUGAAGCUGAAACUCCAAUACUUUGGCCACCUGAUGUGAAGAACUGACUCACUGGAAAAGACCCUGAUGCUGGGAAAGAUUGAAGGCGGGAGGAGAAGGGGACGACAGAGGAUGAGAUGGCUGGAUGGCAUCACCAACUCAAUGGACGUGAGUCUGAGUGAACUCUGGGAGUUGGUGAUGGACAGGGAAGCCUCGUGUGCUGCAGUCCACAGGGUCACAAAGAGUUGGACACGACUGAGCGACUGAACUGACUGAGCUGACGCGUGUUUAUAUUUGUGUGUGCGCGCUCAGUCGUGUCUGACUCUUUGUAAUCCUGUGGACUAUAGUCUGCCAGGCUCCUCUGUCCAUGGGUCUCAGGCAAGAAUACUGGAGUGGGUUGCCAUUUCAUCCUCCAGGGGAUCUUCAUGGCCCAGGGAUUGAAUCCACGUCUCCUGCGUAUCUGUGUAUGUACACACAAAUUCACACGUGUCCUGCCUCUGAUGGGCAGGCUGCUGAACGGGCCAAGAAGAAAUGACACUAAAUCACGAUGACCGUGCUGACAUUGACCCCACCGCCCGACACUGAAAGGAAACAAGUCUGCGUGUAGAAACCCCAGGGAUGGAGCAUGAAUCGAGGUGUUGCUGGAGGAGGUUUUUCUCAUGCUGAGGCCAUACCUGAGCCUUUACCGACUCUUUUGUGACCCAUGGACUGUCGCCCCCCCAGGCUCCUCUGUCCAUGGGAUUUCCAGCCUGGAGAGGGUUGCCAUUUCUUUCUCCAGAGGAUCUUCCCGACCCAGAUAUCUAAGCCACGUCCCUCGCGUCUUCCGCAUUGGCAGUCGAAUUCUUUACAGCUGAGCCGUGAGAUUAAGAGACGCUUACUCCUGGGAAGAAAAGUUAUGACCAACCUAGAUAGCAUGUUCAAAAGCAGAGACAUUACUUUGCCAACAAAGGUCCAUCUAGUCAAGUCUGUGGUUUUUCCUGUGGUCAUGUAUGGAUGUGAGAGUUGGACUGUGAAGAAGGCUGAGCGCCGAAGAAUUGAUGCUUUUGAACUGUGGUGUUGGAGAAGACUCUUGAGGGUCCCUUGGACUGCAAGGAGAUCCAACCAGUCCAUUCUGAAGGACAUCAGCCCUGGGUGUUCUUUGGAAGGAAUGAUGCUAAAGCUGAAGCUCCAGUACUUUGGCCACCUCAUGUGAAGAGUUGACUCAUUGGAAAAGACUUUGAUGCUGGGGGGGAUUGGGGGCAGGAGGAGAAGGGGACGACCGAGGAUGAGAUGGCUGGAUGGCAUCACGGACUCCAUGGACGUGAGUCUGAGUGAACUCUGGGAGAUGGUGAUGGACAGGGAGGCCUGGCGUGCAGCGAUUCAUGGGGUCGCAAAGAGUCGGACACGACUGAGCGACUGAACUGAACUGAGCCACCAGGGAAGCCUUUAUCAGGCCACCCCACCGUUCAGCCUAGUGGCUGCUUUGGAACAAUGAGGCCUGUGAUCAAACCAAUGGAUCCCUCGGUCACACACCCGUUGCACAGGCUGGGACGCAGAUCUGUGCCUUGGUCUGCCGCCUCGUGGUGUGGGGCGCCCCGCCGGCGGGCUCGGCGUUCUCGCAGCCGUGGACGCACUGGUGCGCUUGCAGAGGCCUUCAGGGCAGGGAAGGCACAGCUGUAUUUGGGUUAAGUGAGCAUGAAGUCCAGGAAGCCUGUCGCUCUCUCCUCCUUCCCUUUAGGGUGCCAGUGGUCUGUUAAUAAUUAACCUCCCGUGGGGAGCCGGCUGAGACCCUUGAAGGUGCUGAAGGACCGACUCUGACUUUGCUGUUGCUCAGUGGGGCAUCCACGGUGGCAACGGUUGGGUCGUUGGUCAGAGGGAGCCUGUAUCCCGGGCACAGGCAUAGCCUCCUUGCCUGCCACCUGAGCUGCCCAAUCCUGGGCGCCUGUGUGCCAGGUCAGGGGAUGGAGAGAGGAGGCUGGCUGACGUCCACAGGUGAUUCAUGCAUUCUUCCGAGAACACCUCAGGCACCCAGAUCUGCUGACUCACGUGGCCCUGGGGGCAGGCGGAUUGCCCCACAACCUCCGCUGCUGCUGGGCGCUCUUGGGCUUCAGCCCACAUUGCUGCUGCGUCCUGACUCUGAGCUCAGAGCUUGAAAUAGAGGCAUGCGCGGGAGAGCCUUGUUUAUCAGCGUGAUCUCAGCCGGUAGGAGGGCCCAGGGGAUGAGGCAGGGCGGAGGGGCGGCCCGCGCCGCGGUCACCGAUGGAGACAGCUGGUGUUUAAACCGUCUAAGAGCCCCGCCGGCGGACCUGAGAGCUGUGCGUCCCGGGUUCCGUGGGGUUUCAUCGCGCCUGCCCAUCCCGGUUCGCGGAUCACAGUGGUCCCACGUGCUUCAGCACCGGGUUCCUCCGCUGUCAGAGAACUCAGCGCAGGGACCCCGAGAUAGCAGAGGGUGCUCGGGGCAGCCAGAGAGGAGGCGGUUUGGCUCCCUCCGUUUGGAAGCUGCUCAGAACCUGUGCUGAGUUAGAAAAGCCGCAUCGGGGAGGCAGGUUGGGGGGUGGGGGGCGGUGGAGAGAAACCCGGAGCGUAUACAAGUUGUCCCGUGCACACACCCCACUCCAGGUGGUAAAGCAGGAGAAUCCAGGCUGGGGCAGAGUACAGCUCGGUGCACUCUUGAUCUCACCGCACAGCCUUGCGAUCGCCCUGGCCAUUCUAAAGUUCAGUCCUGAGGCGUCGGGCGGCCCGCAGCCCAGCUACCGCAGAGCCGGGGAAAUGCCCUCAGCCCUGAGGACACAGACUGGGAGGGGUUUCGAGCUGAGCUGUGGGUUAAACGUAGGUGUCUCCAUUUCUCCUCCUGGGUCAGAUCAAGCUUGCGCUUGCACCUGGAUUCAGUUCAUUGCAAACUGACGCGGUCAGGUUCAUAAUGCGCAGAAGGGAGGGUGGGGUGUGGUCGGUGAUCACAGCUUCUGCAAGGACGUCUGCCCCAGGUUGCCUUCUGCUAGGAAAGGGACGACUCCAAUAGCUGUAUCUAUAGCUGUGUUUCUCCUUUUAUAAAAUGAGUUAAUGAAAUCCUUACAUUCAUCUUGAUUUUUUAAAUAAAUAUCUAGGAAUUUAAUUUUGAUGUGAUACUGUUACCUAUUCACAUCCCUUAUUCCAAUGUCAUCCAUUUUUGUAGUAAUUAAUGUCCUUUGCGUUUUUUUUUUCUCCUUUAAUUGGAGUAGGAUUGCUUUACAAUGUUGUUAGUUCCCGCACUACAAUGAAGCGAAGCAGCUCUGUGUGCACACAUCCCCUCCCUCCUGGGCCUCCCUGCCCCUCCCCACCCCGCCCCCAGGUCAUCCCAGAGCCCCGGGCUCAGCUCCCCGAGCUGUACAGCAGCUCCCCACUGGCUCUUUUUUAUACGCGGCAGUGUAUAUACGUCAGUGCCACAGAAAGCCUUUUUAAAGAAACAACUAAUGGUCUAUGUAUGCGGAGCGGUAUUAACUAUAACAGAACUUCAGUGUCACUGUAGGGCGUGAGCAGUUUCUCGCAGCCGUAUGCGACAGCUUUUGACUGAUGGCAAGAAGCGAAACCCUGGCCUUAAAAUUCCCAAAGAAGCGUUUGAACAACCUCAGACCAGUUCCACGCCACCUCGGGAUUUAGACUCCAAAGCUUGCAUUUCUAUUGGAAAUCAGAACUUCGAGGUGAAGGCGGAUGACCUGGAGCCCAUCGCGGAGCUGGGCCGGGGGGCGUACGGGGUGGUGGAGAGGAUGCGGCAUGUGCCCAGCGGGCAGAUCAUGGCGGUGAAGCGGAUCCGGGCCACGGUCAACAGCCAAGAGCAGAAGCGGCUACUGAUGGAUCUGGAUAUAUCCAUGAGGACCGUGGACUGCCCCUUCACGGUCACCUUUUACGGCGCACUCUUCCGCGAGGGGGAUGUCUGGAUCUGCAUGGAGCUCAUGGACACGUCCCUAGAUAAAUUCUACAAGCAAGUGAUCGAUAAAGGCCAAACAAUUCCAGAGGACAUCUUAGGGAAAAUAGCAGUUUCUAUUGUAAAGGCCUUAGAACAUUUACACAGUAAGCUGUCUGUCAUUCACCGAGAUGUCAAGCCCUCCAACGUGCUCAUCAACGCCCUGGGCCAGGUGAAGAUGUGCGACUUCGGAAUCAGCGGCUACCUGGUCGACUCCGUGGCUAAAACCAUCGAUGCCGGAUGCAAACCGUACAUGGCCCCCGAGAGAAUAAACCCAGAGCUCAACCAGAAGGGAUACAGCGUGAAGUCUGACAUUUGGAGUUUGGGCAUCACCAUGAUCGAGCUGGCCAUCCUCCGGUUUCCCUACGACUCGUGGGGGACUCCUUUCCAGCAGCUCAAACAGGUGGUGGAGGAGCCGUCUCCGCAGCUGCCCGCAGACAAGUUCUCUGAAGAGUUUGUUGACUUUACCUCACAGUGCUUGAAGAAGAAUUCCAAAGAAAGGCCAACAUAUCCAGAGCUGAUGCAACAUCCGUUUUUCACCCUACACGAAUCCAAAGCGACAGACGUGGCAUCUUUUGUAAAAUCGAUUCUUGGAGACUAAAAACCAUGGACUCCAUCGGUUGACCCUCCUGUGGAUUGGUGGGUUUACAGGCUGAUGUUCACUAAAGCGCCAAUAGAAACUCAUCUUUGAGAUAAUUUAACCCUGCCUCUCAGAAGGUUUUUUUCUUCCCCAUUUUCUCUUUUUCCCCCUCCAAAGGGGGCCUUGGAAUCUAUAGUUAUAGGAUGACUGUCUAGAUGGAUGAAACAUGAUAAAGGCUUAGGACUUAAAAAGGUGAUUAAAUAUUUAA